UGCCACCUCGCCGGCGUGGUGCUACACUAUCAGCUCGACGAUCUCAUCACUUCGCCAAUCGCUGGAGGACCGCGUCAUACUCCUGCUUCAACUCAGCCAUCUGGCCCUUCCAGAUCAUCUUCCGAAGUUCUCCAAAAACGGAUGAAACAUAUGCAUACCUUGAAAACGAAAGUCAAGGAGAAAUGUGCAGAGUUAUGUAGUGGACGUCUUCCACGGAAGCUGAAGACGGUGAGAAACUUCGAUGUUACCGUGUUACGUCUACGUCACUCGCGCGAUAGGAGGAAAUCCCACCGACAAGUCGAUAUCGCGGACCCCGUCGAAACCUACUGCGCGAAGAAACCAAGACCUUGGACGACACCUGGUUCUCUGCCACCGAAAUUGAAGAUGGCUGUCAUAUCCUCGACAGAUUGCCGGAGCUUGAGCGGAUAUUCGGCCAGAUCAGCGCGACAGCUGAGUCUGGUGACGUGAAUGGCGGUAUUAUCAAUGAGGCGACAGCCCGGAUGCCCUGGGAUUAUCUCCUACAGCUCAUUCAAAUGCGGGAGAGCCUCGAAGAUGGAACUUUCACCAAAUUUUCUAGUGAAGUAUUGAUCGAGACCUGCAGUCCGCGCAGUGAAGAUGCCGAUGCCUCCCUCCUGGACCGGUCAGGUACCGACAAAGGGUAUCCCACUUGUGCAAGAGGAGAUGCCAUCCUCGUUUAUCACCCUUCCACGAUGAUUCGAGCUGGAGUAUCGUCUGCUCUCGAGGACGCCACCGCUUCACAACGGGAUGAACUGUACUUUGCUCACCUCUGCAAAAGAGUCGGCGUGUCUUUCAUUCUACUCGCUCUUGUGUGGAAGCUCAAUCACCCGGCUUUCAAUGCUGCCCAGGCUGUAUUCACUCUAGCUACGAUGCAACGGCAACUUGCGGCAUUCGGCAUCAACGACCAGGUUUGCUUUGCUGUCGUCGGGAAUCUUACCGAGUUCCGGGUUCUGGGAUGCGUGCAGGACGACACUGGCAGAAUCCGAGUCUUCCUAUGCGAUGCGUUGGAUAUGAAAAUGGUCCACCACUGGUGGAAAUUUAACUUUUUCCUUUUCAACCUGGAGCAAUGGGGCCGGGUGGAUCUAGAACGCAUUCUUGACACCACGUUACUUAAGUUAUGCGAGGCGAAGGGGCAUGAGCCUUCUUUCGGCUUUCCACAAGCAGCAUGGCGUUUUGAUCUUUGGCGUGCCCGUCACGGUGCACAUUCUCGAUCAACAGAUCGAUCACGUUCUAAGAAACGGAAAAGAGAAGAUACUGAGGAUGGCGAUGAACUUCCCACACAGGAUCCCGGCGACGAGGAUGGCGACGAUGGUAGAGCUAUUCACCUUCCUGGAGCGAACAACGCCGAUAUUAUGGAGAGAGUAUCGUAUUGGCGACUAGAAGCAUCUCAGGGCGUCUGGCAGCCGGUUGAGGAUGUCGAGCAGGUAGACGGACAGGUUGACAAAAGCAUUGAAGAAGGUGGAGAUUGAACUUUGGGAAUUU